GCCCUCCAAAGAAAUAUGACCUCGCGGUUAGAAAGUGGAAGAAAAACUUUUUCCAAAACUUUGGCAAAAGGUUUACCUGGGACGCAAUCGAAGCGCCCUCUGGACCACACUUAUCCGGUGACUCUUCAUUUCGGCAGAAGAUUGCCACCAAGCAUGCAUCGACUCACAUUGCUCUUCCUCAUCUUGGGAUUCCUACCUACAAUAUAUGCCGCGGCCGUCUUCGAGUUUCCCGACCUUACCCGUCGCCUUCCAGAAAGAACGACGACACCCGGCUGUGCAUAUAAAGGCGAGCGUUAUGCCCACGGCGAACAGGUGGCAACGACAGAGCCUUGUUUGAACUGUACUUGCAUCCGUGCUGUAGUCGUCUGCUAUUUGAGAGUGUGCCCUUCAGCAUCAGCCCCACCCCCAGGAUGUUUCUUAGCCAGGGAGCCUGGACAGUGCUGUCCAACCCUGGUGUGUGGUGGUGAUGAAAAGCCAAAACCAAAUGAAGGAAGCUCUGCUCCUGAUCUUAGACCUACAUUCCAACCAGAAUCUGCAAAAGACGAGGAAACGACUUCAGAAUCGACAACAACAACUUCCAGGACGACAACGGAAGAGAAUAGUUUGAUGUUUGUCUCUUCGACCCAACCAGACGAUGAUAUCCCAUUUCUCAAUGACAUUCCUGGGGGUUGCUUAGUGAAUGGGACAUUAUACGGCGAUGGAUCAGCAAUGCUGUCCAGUUCAUUCUGCGAAUAUUGUUUUUGCAUUAGAGGAAAAUCUACAUGUCUGAAGCCAAAAUGUGAUCUAGUCAUUGAAGGAUGCACUCCUCACUAUGAUUCGCACUUUUCCUGUUGUCCUUCCAGAUAUGACUGUUAUCAAAAAACUACGGACAAGGACCUUAAUGAAAUUACUGAAGCAACAUCUACAACAACGACUACUACUCUGGAAGUCACAAAAUUUUCAGGUGAUUAUGGAACCUGUAUAGUGGAUGGACUCAUUUAUAAUCAAGGUCAAGUUGUACCAAACUAUCGAUUGUGUCACAACUGUUACUGUUCGGAUGGAGCAACCAUUUGUGAUAAAAUUAAAUGCGCUCCUGCAUUAGCUGGCUGCCAACCCAUUAUACCAGAGGGUCAUUGUUGCCCGGUUUCUUACAAAUGUGAUUUCCAAGCGGAUACAGGAAAUUACAACAUAAAAGUAGCAAAAUUAAAUGAUAGUCAUGCUGAAGUUGAGCCGAAAAAAACAGUAAAACAAUCAGAUUAUUUUAAGAACAAUCAUGGUCCAAAUCUAGAACCGAGACCAAAAAAUCCACAUCUUAUCAACGAUUUAACAGAUUUCUUCCAUAAUUUUGUACCUGUGCAUAGAAGAUUAGAAGAUGUUGCAGAACUGUACCAUUCUCCAGAAGGAAGCUUUAAUUCAACCGAUAUUUUUUCAAAGAACAACACAGAAUAUCAAAUCGCAAUAGGGGAAACUGCAACUUCAUCUCCGAGGGAAAAUGAUAAAACAUUAGUAUUGGACAUAUUAAAAUCGGAAACAGAAACGCCACUGAAUGUUCAAAAUGAAAAUGAUCUGAAAAACACUUCCAUUUCAUCUUCAUCUCCCAGAGAAAAUGAUAAAACAUUAGUAUUGGACAUAUUAAAAUCAGAAAUAGAAACAACUCCACUGGAUGCUCAGAAUGAAAAUGAUCUGAAAAACACUUCCAUUUCAUCAACAGUAAGUAAUACUGUAUCAGUUGGUCCACCUGAAGUGCAAACCAUAUCAAUUCAAGAACUAUUUGAACAUCGACUUUCAAGCAUCGCCAAUAUUUCAAAGCAAACAACUGAUUCUGAUCUUGAACCACAAAGAAAUAAUUCCAAGCAAUCAAUAAGCAUAGUUGAUAUAUCAGAUACUGAAACAACUCUAACACACUUUUAUAAUACAAAAGAAACAACUGAUACGGCAAUUAGAAAUUUAGCCACAAAUGCGACUGAAAAUAUGCCAGAAUCUACCACACUAGCACCUCAAGACGCAGUUAUACAUCAAGAAACUACGGGAAAUAUUGCCGCGGUUACUUCUCCAGCGUAUAAAAAUUUAGAUUCUACGCUGAUACACACAACGCUUAAUUUUGCCGAAGAUGAAGAAAUUUCUGAUAAAUACGGUUCUACGCCAUUUAUCAUAACAGGAACAAAAAGAAAUCGAACUUAUACAAAAGCAUCAAGUACUGAUAGUCUUGACUGGUUUUCCUCAGACUAUCACUCAACUAACUAUGAUAGUACUUUUUCUGAAGGAAAUACUUUUUCCCAGACCAGCACAAGACAAACCACAAAAUUACCUAGUCGCAUCAACAGCAAGUUACCGUCUUCUUACAAUGGCAAUGAUUCGGUCUUACAUUCCAAUACUCCUUUGGUUGAAGACUCACUAAUUAAUCUGUAUCUACCAGCUGAAGGAAGAGAUGGAGAUUUGAAUGAUUUUACUAACGUUGGAACUAUACAUUUAGGAGCUCCUUUAUCAGUUGAAGCUACGGAGUUACGAAGAGACUCCUCAAGUUUGAGAAAUAAAUUAACUGAAAGUGGAGGAGUAAUUUUCAUGGAUCCAAAAUAUACAGAUAUUAAUCCUAACUUACCUACAGAAAUUCCCUCGAAAUCUACAGAAAUAAACUCAAAACAAGAUGAAUCCUCUUCCACAUCCAUUGAAAGAAGCCCUAUAACACCAAUCGAGAAAUCAGAUAAUCAUGUUAAUGAUCGAAAGAAGGGUCCAAGGAUACAAGAUGCAUUUAAUCAAACAAACCCAGGCCAAGAUUACAAAAUAAUUCCUUUCGUAGCAGAAGAUGCUAUUCGUGGAAAAUUUGGCAAAAUUAAUAAUACAUUCCAUGUGCUUUCCGAUACAACUCAAUCAGCUCCAGAUAUGGUAUCGGACUUUUGCUUCAUCAAAGGACGUAUUUUCAUGAAUGGUGAAAUGAUUCCAAAAGUAGAUCCUUGUGAGUUGUGCCGUUGCUUUUAUGGUCAAGAGCUUUGUCAGUUACAAAGAUGUCCAACGCCACCUCCUAACUGCGUGCCUGAAAAGUUACCAGCUUUUUGCUGUCCUCGUUAUACUUGUGCUGGAAAUAGUUCAACAUUUAAAGAGCAAUCUCCUCCGUCUCAAAGGAUAACAAUUAAUGGACCAGGAAGUUCACAGUUUCUUCAUCCACUUAUAAACCGUGAGGCAAUUGGAAUUCUACCUUCAGACAAACCUAAAAUGACCAGUCAAAAGACUGAGGAGACCAAAUUUGGAAUUCGUGUCCGUCUACGACCAACCACGCCGAUUCCAAUUGCAUCGACCCAUGAACCAACAGCAGCAACACAGCAGUCUACAACUCCAACUAAAAAGCCAGAGUUGAUACGAACACCAACAAAACCUACAAGUGAAGUCAAAAUAAUUACAACAAGCAAGAGACCAGACCUUAUAAGAACUCCUGCAGCCAUUCAGCAUAGCAGAAUAUCCACUACGAAAGAACCAGGAAUAACUCAGUCAACACAAAAAGUUCCUAAUGCUCCUUUUGACCCUUGGGGUUUAUUAAAAGUUUCAGGUUGUAACAUUUAUGGAAAGUUCUUCAACAUCAAUGAUCAAGUUGAAAUUUUGAGCGGCCCAUGCAGCCACUGCAUUUGUACUACUAAUGGAGUGGAAUGUAAUGAUAUCUGUUGACUUUUCUGAAAAUGAAGCAAGGCGGGGGGCAAACUAUUGUUUGAACUGAACAAUCAUUACUCCUCAAAAUGUUUAACUCGGACGAUUAUUGAUAAUGUCUACUCUCAUUUGUAAAUUCUUAUCACUUUUUCUUAUCACAUAAUAUCACAAAAUAGACAAAGAAUUUACACUGGGUAAUGAUAAUUUCAUGCAGCUCUUUCAUUUAUAUGAGAUGAGCAUAACUUAUUCAUCUUAUAAAUCAUUGUGAAUAUUUUUAUGUAUUUUCACACAUUUUAUGUCCUCAUAUUGUAUAUAAUU